UGCCAAGCGCAUACAAUUAACAUUUAAUAGUUCAUUCUUUUUUGUAUUGUCCUUAAAAGGUAUCAAAUUGAAGCAGUGAAGUAUUUGUUAGAAAUUAUUUCAGGCUCAUGUAUAAAUGAUAAAAGAUGGAUUUUUUUUCUUUUAUUUUGUAACAGAUUAUAAGCUAAAUUGCUAACAUCAGGCUUUCUUAGCUUAGUUUGCAUUGUAUAUUUGUUGUAUAACCUAACUAGUAUAUUGCUGAGUGCUUUCAGCAACUUGCAAGACUGUGCAAAUUAAUGUUGCCUGUACAUACGGUGUGCUUUUUUUGUAAGGAUUAUUUUUACUUUUUUACAUAAAUAUUGUUGUUGUAGGGGAUCCAAGUUUCCACAUCAUUGGUAUUAUGAUCAAGGCUUCAAGUUGAUCCAGGGGUUGAUGUGGAGUGACUUUCUUUUAUCAGCUUCAUUAAUAUAAGCUCUUGUUUUUUUUUUAUCUGUUGAAUAAGGCUAGAUUUAUUGAUUUACAAAUUUACAAAAUAGUUUUUGUCAGUGGUAAUGGUUUGUUAUUUUUACAUGUUUAAUUUUUUUUUCAUUUUCAGUUCAGCUUCAGAUAAAUUCUAUGAAAUAAUAAAUCUUUGUUCCUGUUGAUUUUUAGGCGAAAAACUUCGGAAAGUAUUACUAUUGUAUUGCAUGCCAUUUAUUUUAAAAAAAGCAUGUAAAGUAAUUUGUAAGUUUAAAAUUUGCAUUCAAGCUUGUUUUUAUUACGUUUUUGAGAAGUUUCCUUUUAGUAAAUUUCAGAUUUAAUUAAAUGUUAGUAAGAAACCCAAUAUGUUGUUGUUCUUACAAUCACUGAAGCAGUCAUUGUAAAAGCUUGUCACUUCUUUUGACUGUGGUCAUGUGUGAUUCCCUGACAGGUGUGCACGGUAGGCGAUCCCCUCCUCUAGUAGAUGUAAAUGAACCUCCAUUCUUGGAAAUAUCAAUAUCAUGUGAUAACUUACGUUGUGAUGGUGAUGGACAACCUCCAUCCCCAAGAGUCACUGUUCAAGUCAUCAGUUCUCCACAGAAUUCAUGGAUUCACUAUGCUCAAACAGAAGUUAUUGAAAGGACCAGCAAUCCAAACUUCUUAUCAACAGUUAGUUUUAGAAAAAGCGAUGGCUUAGAUGCUAGUACUCAGGUGCGGUUGAGUGUUUAUGAUGUAAGAGAAAGAGUCACAAAUACUACCACACAACUUGGUCAAUCUACGGUGAGCCUCGGUAGUUUGCGUGAAACUGGUCGCUCACGCCUGAGUUUACAGUCUCCUUUAGGCCGUAAUGUUGGAUUUAUAACUAUAACUGCUUGGACAUUGGAGCCUGAGUCAGUAGAUGCUACAUCUCAUACCCCCAGCAAUGCCACACCACACCAUCAGCCUGCAGCACCACCAACUGCGUGUCACAGACGAACUCAGUCACUGCCACCCCGUCUUAACACCAAGACUCGUCAUCCUACUCAAGGCCAUCUAAGUCUGCUGUAUGAUAACCCAACUAUGGCAACAUUCAGAUUUCAUUCUGGACUUGGUGGAGACAUUGCUGUUUUAGAAGUUAUGGCUGAGAGCAGAUACUGUUUUACGUUCCCCCAGCAGCUGUUACGCCUGUGGAUAUCAGAGGAAAGAAGAUGGCAGGAAGAGUUGUCAUCCUUGGGUGAUCUUUCAGACCAGUGGCAUACUAGACAGAUGGCUCUGCUCAAUCAACAUGUUACUCUCAUUAAUAUUUAUAGUAUGGCUUUGGACACUUUAGAUGUGGCAGCCCAUUCAGGUAUUGUAUAUUGUUUUACAAAUGAAAAACUUUGGGGUUUUAGUAACAAGCAUAGUAGUAAUGUCAUAAUGUCAUAA